UCCUCUAUUGAAUUAAAAUUUCCUUUUUUUUGAAUCGAUGGUUAAUAUUCAAUUCUCUCAUUAUUUAAUGCUAAGUCACAAAUAUCAUAAAUUAUAAUAAUUUUACAUGAUUUAAAACGGUUAGAUAUAAAUGCGGGCUAUUUCCUGGGAAAUUUCUAUUAGGAAAUUUAUUUUCUAUUUGAAUACCGAAAUAUAUAAAAAAUGAAAAGUCAAGUUGUUGAAUUUUACACUGGAAAAACCGUAUUUAUAACGGGAGCAACGGGUUUUAUGGGAAAAGUUCUUUUAGAAAAGUUAAUCAGAUUACCCGAUAUUAAGAAAAUCUACAUUUUAUUGCGACCAAAAAAAGGAUACAACCCCGAACUAAGAGUUAAACAAUUAGCGGACGGCCCCAUAUUCACCUUUAAUAAAUUAAAUGCAAAACGCAACGAAAAAAUUGAAGCGAUUUGCGGCGAUAUAACCAAAGAAGGUUUUGAUAUGUCCAUAAAUGAUAGGGAAAAAUUAAUUGAUGAAGUAUCCGUUGUGUUUCAUUUCGCCGCUUCUGUUCGAAUGGACCUUUCAUUAACAGAAGCUGUUAUUACAAAUACUAAUGAGUUGUUUAAAUUUUGUAUGAACUUGAAAAAUUUGCAAUCGGUUAUUCAUUUAUCCACGGCUUAUUGCAACGUUGAAAUUGAGAAUAUGGAGGAGAAAGUGUACCCCAUUGACGUUGAUCCAUACAAGAUUGUCGAUAUGGUGGAGUGGAUGGAUGAAAAGUGCUUAAAUGCUAUUACUAAAAGGUUAUUAGGUCCUCAUCCAAAUACUUAUACGUUCACUAAACGACUUGCUGAAAUAAUCGCCGUUGAUAUGGGUGAUAAAGUACCAUUAAUAAUACCGAGACCAUCUAUUGUUGUGCCUUCUUUGUCUGAACCAAUGCCUGGUUGGGUGGAUAAUUUUUAUGGUCCGAUGGGAAUAUUUCUAGCGGGUGGAAUAGGAAUUUUGAAAUCAUGUUUGUUGGAUGGCGAAGCUAUACCAGAAGUUAUUCCGGUGGAUUUCGCUAUAAAUAGCGUAAUAUGUUGUGGAUACGAAAGACUAAAUAAAUAUUUCUGUAAUUAUUUGAUAAAUUUAAAAUUUCUUUCAUCAUCAAAAAGAAUUGAUUUGAUUCUUGGUGUGAGUUUAUAUUCUGAAAUUCUUAAAAAUGGUGUUAAACGAAGUAGUGAUGGUUCUUUGAUUGUCCAACAAAUCGCGUUUGGAUGGAUUCUUUCCGGCGUACUGUCGAAUCAAUCACAAUCAAACUUCAACCCGUAUGUUUUUCAGUGUUCGAUAGAUCGUGAAUUCGCGGGUUUAAUGCAAAAGUUUUGGACGAUAGAAGAAAAAUCAAGUUCUAAGCCGUGUUUAUCUACCGACGAAAUUGAUUGUGAAAAACAUUUCGUCAAUUUACAUUUGCGUGACAGCUCUGGACGUUUUACUGUUCGUUUACCAUUUCGAAAGUUUCGUUUUUUUCCCGUUCCGAGUUAA